AUGUGGCCUGUUCAGAAAAGCCCAGCAGUUGCAUCCCGUGGAUCGAUCGCUACGCCGACGGUUGUGAGUGUGGCCGUUCUUUUUCCUUUGGCGGCGUUUGGUACCGUAGAAGCCAUUCUCCAUUUGAAAAAAUAUUUUGGUCGAACUCUGAGAAAACUCAUCUCCAUUGUGGACCCUGUGGUACCCUCCGCCGAGGUUAUAGCCGAUACCCUGUCCAGCGAAAUACCCAUUGAGGAUUUGGAGCAGCAUGUUCAAGAGGAAGCAUCCAAUCCAGUGAUUGACGGUGCCGAAAAAUGCAUUCAUUGGUUCGAUCCUAACUGCAAGCAAAAAACUCCCAUUUGUGUGGUCUUCUUUCACGGUUGGAGUGCAUGCCGCCAAGAAGGAAGACCCGUGAUUGGAAGAAUAGCCAAGCAUUUGCAAGCCAAUUUGUAUUGUGGUCGACUGCCCGGCCAUGGACGACAAGGCACCACCAAGCCAGGAUGGAGUAGUAAUUCCAAAAUGGCCCCAGAUGGACAAGCUCUUAUGAAUGAAGCCAAACCAAGAGAAUUGUUCAUGUCCGCAUUAGAUUCUCUGCGGGUGGGACUGUCCUUGGGAGAUCGUGUUGUUUUGGCGGGCAUCUCAACAGGCGGAGCCCUGGCAACAUGGCUUGCCUCCCUGUUGCUCAGCGACCAUGAUGGUGCUUCUGAGAAGGAACAAAAGACAUUGGAACCACUACGAGAAAAGAUUGCGUCCCUGAUCCUGAUCUCUCCUGCCUAUGCUCUCAGUCAUCCAUUGUACCCCGUUCUCAAGCACAGUUUUGCUGCCAUGCGGGUACUCCCGGGUAGGCUUAGCCAUAUUGCACGGACCAAAUUGAUACAGGCUGCGAUUGGUGCCGAGCGUAACAUUCCAGUUGUCAAUGACGAUCAUUAUCGAUUCUCUACUCUGCAGUAUCCAUCUGCGGCACUGCUGCAUUUGCUGGAUGUCUUGUAUGAGCUCGAAAUCGUCAAUCAUGCGUCCAUCACUAUCCCCACUCUCAUGAUUGGCAAUCCGCAAGAUCCGGUGGUCAAUUUUCGAGUCAAGGCCACCAAUGCCUUUUUGAAGUUUGGCGAUGCUCCCAACAAGGUUUUGUAUUGUCUUACAAGAGGGGAACAUCAACACAUCAUGUCCUGCGAGUACCAGUCCCCUUCCACCGUGGAUGAAGUGACAGAAGUGAUUCGUCUCUUUCUCAACACCAACAGUUUGGCGCCACCUCCUCCAGAGACUCCAUAUCAAGACUAUGAAGUGACAUUGGAAAACGGACAGCUGGAUGGAAAACGAUACAUGAUAGACCUGGAAUUGGAACGAACGAACGAGGAUGACAACAGCGCCGCAAGACGGCACAGUGCCGGUCUCGGAAACUUUUCGUCGUUUCCGAGUUUUGGAGAGCUGUCCAGACCACUGGAGUUCUAG